CCUGCGGCGCACGGAUUACAAUGCGAAAGGUUCUGCAGAUCUGGGUCACCUUGGUGACCGUGUGCGCGCUGGCCGGGCGCGUCUCUGGCGGCUACGGGCUGAGCAUGUUCGCUGCGCAGUCCUCCCCUCCGGACCCCUGCUACGACGAGAACGGGAACCCCCGGAGGUGCAUCCCGGACUUCGUCAACUCCGCUUUCGGGAAGGACGUGCGCGUGUCCAGCACCUGCGGCGGCCCGGCCGCCCGCUACUGCGUAGGUGAACGAGAAGGCGAAGAGGAGCGCACGCGGGACUGUCACACCUGCGUCGGAGACCCCAAGAAGUCCCAUCCGCCCGCCUACCUGACGGACCUCAACAACCCGCACAACCUCACGUGCUGGCAGUCGGAGAACUACGUGCAGUACCCGCAGAACGUCACGCUCACCCUGUCCCUGGGCAAGAAGUUCGAGGUCACCUACGUGAGCCUGCAGUUCUGCUCGCCCAGACCCGAGUCCAUGGCCAUCUACAAGUCCAUGGACUACGGCAAGUCCUGGGUGCCGUUCCAGUUCUACUCCACGCAGUGCAAGAAGAUGUACAACCGGCAGCAAAAGGCCGCGAUCACCAAGCAGAACGAGCAGGAGGCGAUCUGCACGGACUCGCACACCGACAUGCACCCGCUGACCGGCGGGCUCAUCGCCUUCAGCACGCUGGACGGGCGGCCGUCCGCGCACGACUUCGACAACUCCCCGGUGCUGCAGGACUGGGUGACGGCCACCGACAUCAAGGUGAUCUUCAGCCGGCUGCACACCUUCGGGGACGAGAACGAGGACGACUCGGAGCUGGCGCGCGACUCCUACUUUUACGCGGUGUCGGACCUGCAGGUCGGCGGACGGUGCAAGUGCAACGGGCACGCGUCGAAGUGCGUCAAGGACAGAGAGGGGAACCUGGUGUGCGAGUGCAAACACAACACGGCGGGGCCGGAAUGCGACAGGUGCAAACCUUUCCACUAUGACCGGCCCUGGCAGCGCGCCACGGCCAGGGAGGCCAACGAGUGUGUCGCCUGCCACUGUAACCUGCACGCCCGCCGCUGCCGCUUCAACAUGGAGCUGUACAAGCUGUCCGGCCGGAGGAGCGGCGGCGUCUGCCUCAACUGCCGCCACAACACGGCGGGCCGCCACUGCCACUACUGCAAGGAGGGCUACUACAGAGACAUGACCAAGUCCAUCUCUCACCGCAGGGCCUGCAAAGCUUGCGACUGCCAUCCGGUCGGAGCCGCCGGGAAGACGUGUAACCAGACGACGGGCCAGUGUCCCUGCAAGGACGGCGUGACGGGGAUCACCUGCAACCGCUGCGCCAAGGGCUACCAGCAGAGCCGCUCGCCCAUCGCCCCCUGCAUCAAAAUCCCCGUCGCAUCUCCAACGGCGACUUAUAGCAGCUACGAGGAGCCGUCAGAUUGUGAGUCUCACUGUAAAGCCUCCAAGGGGAAGAUGAAGAUCACCAUGAAGAAGUACUGCAAGAAAGACUUCGCCGUCCAGGUGCACGUCCUGAAGGGGGACAAGGCGGGCGAGUGGUGGAAGUUCACCGUCAACAUCAUCUCCGUCUACAAGCAGGGCGAGCACCGCAUCCGCCGCGGGGACCAGCUGCUGUGGGUGCGAGCCAAGGACGUGGCCUGCAAGUGUCCCAAGAUCAAGCCCGGCAGGAAGUACCUGCUGCUGGGCACGGACGACGACUCCCCCGGGCAGAGCGGCGUGGUGGCCGACAAGGGGAGCCUCCUGAUCCCCUGGAAGGACCUGUGGGGCCGCCGGCUGAGGAAGUUCCAGCAGCGAGACAAGAGGGGGAAGUGCUAGAAGUAGCCUGAGGGGGGAGAAGGAGUGGAGGAUGGAGGGAGAGGCGGAGGCUGCAGUUACACCUCCGCAAGGGAUGGAUAUUAAACAGAGAAAAAAAAAAUAAACUGGAAGAAUUAAAAAUAGAGAGACAGGUGACAAGUAGGAGAAAAGAGGGAAUGACUGAGUGCUGCUGCUCUAAGCUGGAGCGAAGAGUUUAGUGUUUUUGUUUUUAGGAACUUUUUGUGAAGGAGCUCAUUCUACAGUUUUUCCGUCUCUGUCUUUGGAGGUUCGUUUUUUUUGUUGUGUACUUGCAGAGUUUGCACCUAAUGUUCCAGAAAAGUCUCAUUCUGACUAUUUUACCCAUUCCGAUGUUGAAAAAGUCACAUAUUCGGUCGUUUUUUAAAAGCAUCUUCUAUUCCACCCCUUUGUGUUUUCAGAGGAUUUACGCGCACGGUGCUGUGAAAAGCGCUGAAUGAAGAGUCUCGGCACUCUUCCAAACUUUUGGAGAGCCUUUUCAUGAAAUAUGUUCACACCUGUGGUCUCAGAGUGCCAUUUUUUUGUUGUUGUUGUUGUUGUGUUGUUUUCCUGAGCGCUCGCUGCUCAUAUGUGAGAGUUACCUCGUGUUGUGGGAGCAAAACGCCGUUCGGAUCCUCUCCUCGUUCUGCGUGACGACGUUACCGCGGGCAGGUCUCUGGCUCCGCGCUUCUUGAUAUAUCGACAGUAUGCUGUGGUCGUGACCUCUGCAAUGUAAAGUAACCAUAUGUGCAUAUCUAGGUGUUAUUUUUUUUGGUAGGCGAUGCCGUAGCAUCGGCGAGGCGUAGAGUAGACUUGUCAACCAUGCACUUAUUUUUUUUGGGCUAGUCAGACGUUAUAGGACAUAUAAGAUAUGUUCACAUAUUUUUAGAGUGUGCACGCCCUUCAAGUAAGGCUGAAAAAUAUUCUAAUAGUGUGAUUCGAUCAAGAAAUACCACUUGUUUUGAUCAGUUAAUGUGAGACUAUAUGAUAUAAGGGAAGACAGUUUAAUCUACAAAAAACCUCAAAGUUCCAAAUCAAAGCUUCCCAGUGAAUUCACUUUCUAUAUUUGUGUGAUUGGAUUCAGCAGAGCAGCAACAAUGACUGCUCUGUGUGUGUGUGUGUGCACAUGAGGCGUUCAAGUACAUUCUAAAAGCGCCUAGAAAACCGACGCACACGACUAACUAUGACACACUAACAGCUAAAAUCGAAGUACUGUCGAAAAUUAUCAAUAUUUUGAUCAUUUUCUUCCCCUUUUCUCCGUCAGUCGUUAAGCUUUGAUUCACCCAUUGCCAAUAAACAGUGUUUCAACAAAUUAGGCGAAAUCAGAAACGUGUUGUGCUCUAAUGGACUUAUCUCAAAAUGUGAGCACACGCGAGCAGAACAUCGACCUACCAAGCGAACCUCGCGCUGCAUGCUCACUAUUUACUGUACCUGACUGGCUGACCACCAUGAUUGUGAAUUAUGUACACAUUUAUUUGUACACAGUAUUCAGUGUUGUGGGAGAAAAAAAAAUAACCUGUGGAGUGAUAAAAAAAAAAAUCACAUUUAUUAUUGUGGAGUGCAUUCAGCACACUGUGUCGAAUGGCCGACGCUUCAAUGCAAAAUUGUUUUUGAGAACUCGAUGGACUCCGCUAUCAAGACUUGGUACUCGACAAAAUAAAAAAUAAGAAAAAAAAAAAAAGGCAUGACCGGCUGUCUACAUGUGAUAUAGCUGUAUAGUAUUACUCCUCUUUUUCUUUAUAUUUUUGUU